CUCAGAACAAUUUUGAGUUCCUCUUGAUUCUGCUGCUGCUGCUGCCGAUGGAACGAGAGCUGCUGCCGCUGCUCGCCUGAUUCCCAAGAGCAAGACGCGGGCCCACGGGAGGCUCUGCCCCAUUCAGAAAUCCCAGCGUCUCGCCUCUGAGCUCAGGUGCUCGGCCGGGACUGCUGCUCUCGCUGGAAUAGGAAUCGAGGCGGUGCUCAUCUGACACGAAUGCGCGGGAAGUGAGUUGGCCUUUUUUUUUAAUUUUUGGCCUUUUUUUCUUGGUUCGUUUCUCGUGAUCAGCAGCUGAUGCAGCCGAGACUGGCGCGAGUGCAUGAUCGGAGCUGAACGAGGGAUCAAUCUGUCACGCAAUUCGGUGUGAUCGGGCUUUUGCUCUGGAACUAGCACAGUCGGAGGAAGCAGCAAGUCGUUAGGGGUUCAGAGGCAGCGCGGAAAGAACUCUGAGACUCCUCUGUUUCUCUGCUGUGCCCUACCAGUUGCCAUCUCAAAGCGCUCUGAAUUCGGGCUGUGAUUUCGUCUAUGGAAUCGCCCGCGAAUUCUCCACCUGUUCUUGUUUCGGCAAGCAAAUCAAUUGAGUUACAUGCGCGGAAACUUUUUGAUGAAGAGGUUUUGGGGGAUGGACUUGUGGAACGCUCUACAAAUACAGAACUUGUGAACAAGCUUCCGGAUGCAGAGUCAUUGUGUGAUGGAUUUGUGGAGUGUGAUACCGACACGGAACCUGUCAGGAAGCUUGUAGACGCAGAGGCAGCAAGGGAUGGAUUUGUAGAGUGUUCUACAAAUGCAGAACUUGUCGACAAACUCCCAGAUGCAGAGGCUCUGAGUGAAGGAUUUGUGGACGGCACCACGGAAACAACUGUAAGUUUUGGAUUCUCCUCGGGCGAGACCAAGCCACCUUUAGACGAUGCGAGUACUGGGCUGUUAGAAGUGCCAUGCAGCAGCGAAGGCAUGAUACCUGCACGUCCUGUAGAUCCUCCGGACUUGAGCAAUGCCUCCCCCACUCUAAUUACUCUGCCCAUGAGAGCGGUGCCUCUAGCUACAGAAAUUGAAGAUUAUGCUGCAGUUUCGGGUCAGGGUUCCGAAACAACAGAUGCGCCUCUUGAUAGAACAAAUGAUGAACGGGAAAAAAACAGAAAGUUUCCUGUCCUACUGUCUGAAGGGGAGUCGCCAGUUUAUGACAAUUCUAGUGAUGUGGUACCCAGGUUCAAUUGCGAAGAAACUCUAGUCCGUCCAGAUUUUAGUGAACCUAAUGGGCUAGAGAGUGAGAAGGAUAGUGGAUCAGACAGCGAAGGAGAUGAUUUCCAGAGGGCUUCCAGCUCAAAUGCUAAGCACGUCUUAUCAGCUAAAGAAAAAAUCAAUCCUUUGACGGAUGAACCAUUGCAAGGAAUUUUGGAAUCUAAAAUUGCGGAGCUGGAGAAUGCUUGUACGGGAACGUUUAAAUCAGAGGACGAUGAUUCAAAAUCUGUCAAAGUUCGAAAGCGACAAUUGAAGGAGAUGAGAGCUCUAGUUGAAGGAACAGAUAGGAGCUCUGAAGAAAAACUACGGCAUUUGAAUGCAAAGUACGUUCAGCAGGUAGCAGAGACACGAAAGAUGGAGAAGGAGUUUGUGACACUUAAUCGGAAGUGCAAACAAGUGAAUAAAGAAAAAGAUACCCUGUACGCGGAACUGACCAAGAGUACAGCUCUUCGACAAAAGCUGGAGUCACUCUGCCGAGAGCUGCAGCGCCAAAACAAGAUGCUUCUGGAUGACAGCAAGAGGGUGGCAUCGGAAGAGGAGCAGAAGAGGCAGGAGCUCUCCGGAAAAUUCCAUAGUACUGUCAAGGACAUCACGUCGAAGCUUGAAGAGCAAGGAGAUGAGCGCUUACGUCAACUGGAAGAAAACGAAUUAUUGCGCGAGAAGCUGAAGCACUUCACACAACAAUAUGAUAUAAGAGAACAACACUUUGCCCAUCAGCUACGAACGAAGUCUCUGGAAUACCAGUUACUGGAAGUAAAGCUCAAGCAACAAGAAGAUCUUUAUUCUCAGUCGGAAAGUAAGAGCCGCAUGUAUUCAGAGCAGAUAGCCCAGCUUUUGAAAACAGAGCAGGAGUUGCGUUCACAACUGGCAUUAUAUGGAGACAAGUUCGAGCAAUUCCAGGAAACUUUGACAAAGAGUAAUGAAGUCUUUGCAACCUUCAAAUCAGAGAUGGAAAAGAUGUCAAAAACUGUGAAGAGACUAGAGAAGGAGAAUCUUUCUUUAAAGAAGAAGUGCGAAAAGUCAGAUGUGUCACUUAUCGAGCUUUUGGGAGAGAGAGACGUCCUGAAAAAGCAGCUACAAACUACGAAGACCCAGAAAGAGAAGCUGGAAGGUCUUUGUCGAUCAUUACAGUCAGAACGCAAGCAGCAGCUUGUCAGCGUCGAAACUUCCAACUCUUUCCUACCUUCCCAGCUGGACAACUUGAAGCUCAGCAAUCCAGAGUAGCACCAAACCAUGCAGAGGUUCUUCUCAGAUCAAAGUUUUUCCAUUGUGCAGGUCUGUGAUAAUGAUCUGCAGGAUGAGUGCUUAGUUCAUAGCUGCCGUGUUCCCAAAGAUGGGGAAAAACAAUAUUGUAGCAAAGACGAUAGUGCGUUGGGAACCGCAGCUUUCUUUCUUGCCUUCGUUUUCGUUAAGCAAGCGGGUUUAUCAAUUGUACCAAGCUUUGAAAUGUCUUCCUUGCCUUCGUUUUCGUUAAGCAAGCGGGUGUAUCAAGUGUACCAAGCUUUGAAAUGUCUUGCGGCCCUUUGUCUUCCUUCAUAUACACUGCCUGACAGUGAAACCUUUUCGUGAUAGAUCUACAGCUACGUAUCCUCUCAAUCAUUCCAAGCACAAGUACCUAAGCGGACGUCAGCCCUUGCUGGGUAGGGUGAUAUGGGUAUUCCAUGACGCAUUUGGCUGAGACAGGAGCAGGAACGUUCAUUCUCAGCCGUCCUUUGAGGAUUAGCAUCGUAAAUGCACAAAGUAAAAUGACAGUUGUAAUUGUUAUGUGAUAAGGUUUGAAGAAAGUGAUGAAAUGAUCACUCUUUGCAGCGACUAAGAAGAUCUGAAGGCUAUCUCUUUCCGAAAGGGUUGCAAUGCCAAAUGGGUGCAGCUGUUACCGACAUAGAUUUCUUGAUAUGAGGGGAGCAUGCUUCAAAAUGCUUCAAAAAUCUGGAAAUGAAACCUGUCGGACUCAGUUAUCCUGUUUAGCCUCGCCAAUUGCCUAUUGUACCUUCUAUAGAAGUCUUAUCAUGAUCAUGAUCGCUUAAUCGUCGGUAAGGACUCCACUUGCACCUCUUCUUCAGUAACUAUGGCUUCACGGCCGGAAUGAUUCAUGAUCCAGAAAGUAAAGCUUCAUUGUUCCUGAUCUCUGUUCAUACGUUUUAGUUGCUUGGCUUGAACUGUCUAAUAGGUGAGAAGGAGUAAGACGACGGCUUUUUCGUAUUGUGGUCUCUUGAAAGCAAGAGAAGCCUAUAAAUUAGUUGAACUUCUGUGGAAUUGGAGGUACUGCCCUCUGUAGGUUAAGCUCGAUCAACUACACCUCAGUCAAGAGUCCUAUUGCAUGUUCGUGUUGGCUAGCCAAUUCUAAUAUAACUCGUCCCUAGUCUAGUGAGUACUGCCAAACGCAGCAGCACGUCUGUUUAUGUAUAGCACGCUGUGAAGACAGGGAUUCCAAUUCUCCAUUUCAGGUACAAGUUUCCACAGAUGAAAUACAUCUUUCAUAUGCUUUAUCAUAUUUCGCGGAAGAUAGAUCGAUUGCUUCGUUGAGGAAAAUUUUGUUACUGAGGCUGAUCUCAUAUUCUGCUAGUAUAGAUUUCAAGUACAGAGUAUGUCGUUUCCAGAGAUCAAACUGUAAAGAAAAGUGUACGCCAGGUCCAAAGAUAAGGAUGUUAUUUAUAAUGUGGCACUCUCAAUCAGACUCUCAAGGCAGUAAUCACAGAUCAUUGUGCUUUCCAUUCUUAGCGAGUCGAACGAUAAGAACGAAGAUAUGCUUUUAAUAUUCACUCUUAGUAUUUGGCGUAUUUAUGUGGAGAGGUGUUGGAUCUGUAACUUGUUGCUAAGUAGGGUGUUACUCGUAAAUAGGAAGUGGCAUUUGGAUAUAGAGAUAUAUGGCUAGUGAUUACUGAUUGACAGACUGGGUUAGAAGACUGAAUGCUUUUGGCAUCUGUCAAUAACUUCAAACCUUAGUUUAUGUAUAGGAAUUGACACUGUAAAUUUCAAAAUCGUACAUACCAACAACUUCUGUGUGCAGAAGCUUUGAAAAAGUUUCGAAAUGUGUAGUGUAGAGUGUCAGCAAG